AGGUGGGGUCUCUCCGGGGUGUACGUGCAGACCGUGCAAACUGCCAACGACGUGAAUGUCAGGAAAACCUCCAUCUCCUGAACAGAGCCGCGCACUGACCGAGGAUUAUCUACCAUCUCUGUGGAUCAGGGUGAUCAGAACCUCCAGCCCGGUCCGUGAACAGGGUCGGAACCGAGCCGAGCGGAGGGAGGUCGCCCCCUGAAUGGCUUUGCGUAACGUUGAGAUAAGAGGAGGUGUAUUUGUGAAUCGACUGGACUGCUUUCAGGGCUCUUGGGUCUACUUCAAUCCUCGAAAGCAUCCCGUUUUUUAGAGGAUAAAUCAGGAAAGUCCCGGAGGAGCUGAGGGGGUCUGUGAUUAUCCAUGAGCUCCGAUUUCCCACACUACAGUUUCAGGAUGCCAAAUAUAGGGUUCCAGAACCUUCCUCUUAAUAUCUACAUCGUGGUGUUUGGGACGGCCAUCUUUGUCUUCAUCCUCAGCCUCCUCUUCUGCUGUUACCUGAUAAGGUUACGACACCAGGCGCACAAAGAGCUGUAUGCAUACAAACAAGUCAUUCAGAAGGAAAAAGUCAAAGAGUUAAACUUGCAUGAGAUCUGUGCCGUGUGCCUGGAGGAGUUCAAACAGAAAGACGAGCUGGGGAUCUGCCCCUGCAAACAUGCCUUCCAUCGGAAGUGUCUCAUCAAGUGGCUGGAGGUGAGGAAAGUGUGCCCGCUGUGCAACAUGCCCGUCCUGCAGCUCGCCCAGCAGGCGGGGGGCUCCGACCCCCCUCAGCCCGUUCAGCAGCCCUUGCCUGGCAUCGAGAACCUGGUGUAGCUUCA